CGACGGGGGCGUGGUCAAAGACGGGCUGCGCCAAACGUUGGCCCCGGCGGCCAUGAUGAGGCCCCGCCCCGGCGCCCCAGCUGCGGCCCCCGUCCUUGCCGCUGUGAAUCCCGGAGGUUCAUCUGUCCUUUGGUGCAGACAAAAGCAAGUAGCAUUUGGUCAGGAGAAGAAUGGCAUUGAAACAGAUUUCCAGUAACAAGUGCUUUGGAGGACUGCAGAAAGUUUUUGAACAUGACAGUGUUGAAUUGAACUGCAAAAUGAAAUUUGCUAUCUACUUACCACCCAAGGCGGAAACUGGAAAGUGCCCUGCGCUAUAUUGGCUGUCUGGUUUAACUUGCACGGAACAGAAUUUCAUAUCAAAGUCUGGUUAUCAUCAAGCUGCCUCAGAACAUGGCCUUGUCGUCAUUGCCCCAGAUACCAGCCCUCGGGGCUGCAAUAUUGAAGGAGAAGAUGAGAGCUGGGACUUUGGCACCGGUGCUGGGUUUUAUGUGGAUGCCACUGAGGAUCCUUGGAAAACUAACUACAGAAUGUAUUCUUACGUGACUGAGGAGCUUCCCAAACUCGUAAAUGCCAAUUUUCCAGUGGACUCCCAAAGGAUGUCUAUUUUUGGCCAUUCCAUGGGAGGCCAUGGAGCUCUGAUUUGUGCUUUGAAGAAUCCUGGAAAGUACAAAUCUGUGUCAGCAUUUGCUCCCAUUUGCAACCCAAUGCUCUGUCCUUGGGGCAAAAAAGCCUUCGGUGGAUAUUUGGGAACUGAUCAAAAUAAAUGGAAGGCUUAUGAUGCAACCCAUCUUGUGAAGUCCUACCCAGGUUCUCAGCUGGACAUACUAAUCGAUCAAGGGAAAGAUGACCAGUUCCUUUCAGAUGGACAGUUACUACCUGAUAACUUUAUAGCUGCCUGUACGGAAAAGAAAGUCCCUGUUGUUUUUAGAUUACAAGAGGGUUAUGAUCAUAGCUACUACUUCAUUGCAACAUUUAUUACUGAUCACAUCAGACAUCAUGCAAAAUACCUGAAUGCAUGAAAAACUUCAGAUAAGAGAAUCUGUUCAGGAUUAUAAAAUUGUAAUAAACAGAAUUGCUGAGAAAAAUGAUUUCAAUACAUUGGAUUUCAUUGUGCUAAAAAUGGCAUGUGUCAUUCCAUAGUUGAAUCACUUUCUGAAUGAAUAUAUAAAACCUGCUUUUGAUUUAAAAGUUAGUUUACCAGUGUUGGGAAAUAAUUUUAAUACAGCUUUCUCAAGGUCAUUGUUGUACUAACCUCAGGCCACAGAAUAUGAAUAUAAUCCCAUUUAAAUCAUAGAGUGUUAACUCAGGAACUGGUUUUAGCAGUAAUUUGGCCUAAACCCCUCACUUUUCCAGACUUGAAGUCUGUGAAGACAUGGACUAUCUUCAUUAUGUUUAUUGUUCUAUCGCUAGUGUCUGCCAACUACUUGGCUUCUAGGAGGCAUUUAGUAACUAUCUGUUGUUGAAUAAGGAAGUAGGCUCAGAAAGAUUAAAUUCCCCAUCAUUACACAGUUAUUUGUGGGACAACUAAGAUUAGAAGCAAGAUUUCCUAAAUCCAAUCCAAUGAGACUUCUCUUCUUAUCUGUUAAGCCAAAUAUUUUGGACAUUGGUUUCUGGGAUUUCUCAAGAGAUAAGAAUUAAAUAAGAUUCAAUCUGAAAAUAGCUCUAUGUAAAGAAAGUUGCUUCAUUUCUUUCUGUAAACAGAUAUUUUCCUGUAUUUACAUGCAGAAAUUUAGCUUGGUGAGCUCACCAAGGAAAAGUAAUCAGUCUCUUUGUAAAUACCAAAUUGUGUUCCUUUUCAGAACUUAAUAUGAAUAAACUCAUUUUGAAACAUGA